UCGGCGUUCGGCACCCAGGAGAUGGUCGAGUACCUGUGCGAGAAGGGCGCCGACGUCAACAGAGGCCAGCGCUCGUCGUCGCUGCACUACGCCGCCUGCUUCGGCCGGCCGGCCAUCGCCAAAGUGCUGCUCCGCUGCGGCGCCAACCCCGACUUGCGCGACGAAGACAGCAAGACGCCGCUGGACAAGGCGCGCGAGCGCAACGACGAGGGCCAUCGCGAGGUGGCCGCUAUCCUGCAGUCGCCCGGCGAGUGGAUGCUGCCGGCCGACAAGGAGCGACGUCCUGCCGGUGUCGGCGGCAGCGGCGGCGGUGCCGAGCCGGUGCCGGCGGGGCCUGGCCCGGCCGGCGAGGCGGCGCGCUGCGAGGAGCCGCGCGGUGACCCUGCAAUGGCGCCGCUCUAUCUUCGUCUGCUGCUGCCCAUGUUCUGCCGCACCUUCCGGGACACCAUGGUCACCAGCGUCAGGAAGUCGUCACUGAACCUGCUGCGCAAGAUGUUGUAUUUCAUAUCGCCUAGUCUGCUAAUGGAGACGUGCCAGGGCGACCUGGCCGGCAAUAUUGUUGAAGUACUCGAUGUCGUGUUAGACGCGGAGGACGACGAGGAGGGCCACGCGGUGGCGCUCCAAAUCACCGAGGACGUGCUGCGCAAGGGCGCCGACACCUUCCUCGAGCACUUCGCCCGGCUGGGCCUGUUCACGAAGGUGGGCCAGAUGGCGGGCGCGCAGGAGGAGGGCGAGCCGCGCCCGGCCAGCCCGCAGUCGCUCGGAGCGUGCGCCGACAGACUGCCGGAGGAGUCCUGUGACCAGCCGCAGCCGGAGCAGGACGCGCGCGAGAUACUGCCCGGCAAGGCGUACCAGUGGCGCGACUGGUGCAUCUGCCGUGGCCGCGACUGCCUCUACAUCUGGUCAGACGCCGCCGCCCUGGAGCUCAGCAACGGCAGCAACGGCUGGUUCAGGUUCAUCCUGGACGGCAAGCUGGCCACGAUGUACAGCUCUGGCAGCCCGGAGGGCGGCUCGGACAGCUCGGAGAACCGCGGCGAGUUCCUGGAGAAGCUGCAGCGGGCGCGCGCCUCGGUGCGGCCCCAGUCGGCGUCGCAGCCGGUACUCAGCCAGCCGUCGGCCGCGCGGCUCGUGGUCGGCAACUGGUCUCUCAGCUGCCGGCGCGACGGCGAGCUGGCGAUCAACAACAACGACGGACAGCAGCAAACGACCACGCUGCGAGAGGACCUGCCCGGCUUCCUGUUCAAGUCGAACCGCGGCACCAAGCACACCUUCACGGCCGAGACGUCGCUCGGGCCCGAGCUGUCGGCCGGCUGGGCCGGCAAAAAGGGCAAGCGCUUCCGCUCCAAGGUCGAGGCUGUCAAACAGAAGGUGCGCUCCCAGGCGCGCGAGAUCUACGAGAAGUACUUCAAGAUUGCGCAGUCCCAGCCUCGCGGCGUGGUCGCCAAGCUGGGCACGAUCGUGGCGCAGAUCGAGCGCGCCUGCCACAAACAGCUGGCAGCCGUUGACCGCACCGACGAGUGGCGUCCGAUCCUGCGCGCCGCGCUCGGCGACCUGAUCACGCUGCUGUCGGACGAGCGGGCCGUCUCGGCGUACGAGCUGCACUCGUCAGGCCUGCUGCAGGCGCUGCUGCGGCUGCUCAGCUCGCCCGACCGCACCAGCCGGCGCGCCAACCGGCUGCUCAAGCAGCGACAGCGACUCUUCAAGCAGUGCUUCCAGGAGGCGGCUGGGGCGUCGCAGGAGCACCCGGGCGUGUCGCUGGUGCGCAAGCUGGUCUCCGUGCUCGAGUCGAUCGAGAAGCUGCAGGUUUACAACUACGACUCGACGGGCACCGUCAGCGGACUCCAGGUGUUGCAGCUGCGGAUGCGGUUCCGAUGGAGCGGGCCGCCCAGCGACUCCGGCCUGAUCGACUGCACCGGCCGCACCCUCAAGAUGGAGCCGCUGGUCACCGUCCGCCAGCUCGAGCGCUACCUCCUCAAACAGGUGGCCAAGCAGUGGUACGACCACGACCGGUCCACCUUCACCUUCGUCAAGCGCAUUCGCGAGAGCCCGAGCAUCGUGUUCACGCACCAGUCUGACUUCGAUGAGAACGGCAUCAUCUACUGGGUGGGCACCAACGCCAAGACGGCCUACGAGUGGGUAAACCCGUGCCAGUACGGCCUGGUGGUGGUGACGUCGUCGGAGGGCCGUAACCUGCCGUACGGCCGGCUGGAGGACGUGCUGUCACGCGACCCGACGCCACUCAACUGCCACACCAACGACGACAAGCGCGCCUGGCUGGCCGUCGACCUCGGCCUCUGGGUCAUCCCCACCUGCUACACGCUGCGGCACGCGCGCGGCUACGGCCGCAGCGCGCUCCGCAACUGGGUCUUCCAGGUGUCCAAGGACGGACUGUCGUGGACCACGCUGUACAUGCACAUCGAGGACACGUCGCUGAAUGAGCCGGGCAGCACGGCCUCGUGGCCGCUGCUGGCGCCCACCGACGAGACUCAGGGCUGGCGUCACGUGCGCAUCCAGCAGACGGGCCGCAACGCGUCCGGACAGACCCACUACCUCAGCCUCUCCGGGCUGGAAGUGUACGGCACGGUGACGGGCGUCUGCAGCGACCUGGGCAAGGCGGCGCGCGAGGCGGAAGCGUCGCUGCGCCGACAAAGGCGCCAGAUCAAGAACCAGCUCAAGUACAUGGUGCCGGGCGCGCGCGUGGUGCGUGGCGUCGACUGGAAGUGGCGUGACCAGGACGGCAUCCCGCCGGGCGUCGGCACCAGCAUGUCGGAGCUGCACAACGGCUGGAUCGACGUGACCUGGGACAACGGCGGCAGCAACUCGUACCGCAUGGGCGCUGAGGGCAAGUUCGACCUAUGCCUGGCGCCCGGCUACGACCCGGAGUCGAACACGGGCGUACGGGCGGCCGCCAAGUCCGGCAGCGCCACGGCCACCUCUGCCGCCGUCGUCAAGGUGACCUCUCCGUCAGCCGGGUCGGCGCCGCCGUCGUCGGGCGCGCCGCCGUCGACGUCGACCGCCAAGCCGCGCCAGUCGGUGCUCACCAGCCGCAAGUCGUCCUCGACGCCGUCACUGCCCGAGGCCACCGACGACCGGCACUCGGUGGCCUCCACCGAGCAGGCCGCCUCGGCCGACAACCUGGCCGCCAAGCAGGCGGCCGAGGCGGUGGCGGAGAACGUGCUGACGCUGGCCAACGCCGAGGCCAUGUCGUCGCUGGACCAGACGACGGACUCCGUCCUCUCUCGGGUGGUGUUCGGAAACAAGAUGGACGCCAUCCUGGAGAGCUCCGACUGGCUGUCGGGCGGCGAGGACAGCGCGUCCGACACACCGCCGGCCACCUCGGCGGCGCCGUUCUUCCCGUGCCAAGCGGCACUGGCCACCCAGCCGCCGCCGCCACCGCCCAACAACCAGCGCUCGUCGAUAUGUUCUCGGCGAUGGUGCGGCGGCGCGCCUCGGGCACGAGCGGCGCCGGCUCGUCGCGCGCCACCAGCCGGCGCGUACCCGGCGCCGACGGCCGUCACCACGCCCGCCGGCGCCGGCUGCGGCCCGUUCCUGCGGGCGCCAAACACCACCAGCAUGAGCAGCCUGGCUCGCCUGGCGCUCAAUGCCCCGCUGCCAGGGAGUUUCAUGUCGACAGCACAGUCCUUCCCCAGCCUGUCGUCGGGCAACACGCUGGUGACCAACACGGCCACCAGCGCGCUUACGCAGGGCCUCACCAUGUCGCUCACGUCCAACUCGUCGGACAGCGAGCAGGUAUCGCUGGAGGACUUCCUCGAGUCGUGCCGACACACCACGCUGCUGGCGGAGCUCACCGACGACGACGAGCUGGCCGACGAGAACGACGACGAUGACGAGUACGAGGGUGGCGGCGGGCCGGCCGGUGGUGGCGGCGGCGGCGAGGAGGAGCCGUUCGACCCGCGGCCUGGCCGCCGCCACGCCUGGGACGACGACACCGUGCUGAAGCGCCAGUGUCCGGCGCUCAUUCCCGCCUUCGACCCGCGGCCGGGCCGCACCAACGUGGCCCAGACGCAGGACAUUCAGGUGCCGCCGCCGGGCAGCCAGACGCGGCGGCUGGGCGAGCCGGGCGACGAGCCGUCGUCGGAGCCGCGGCUGCGGCUGAUGCUGCGCGGCCCCGGCGUGCCGGGCGUGCCGGACGUCGAGGUUCCGCUUGACUCGCCCGACGCCACGCUGUUCAGCGCCGUCCAGCGGCUGGUGCAGCGCUCCCAGCUGGGCAGCAAGCAGGAGAAGCUGCGCCGGCUCUGGGAGCUCGUCUACACGAUCGUGUACCGCGAGCGGCGCGACGACGAGCGGCGCGCCGACCCGGCCGCCGAGCGCAAGAGCUCGCUGCAGCAGCGGCUGAGCGAGGGCUCGCCGUGCACCGUGGACGAUGUGGUGCACCUGCUGCGGCGGCUGUACCACCUGGUGGGCGAGAGCCGGCCGCGCCAGCAGGACACCGACGACGAGCCGCCGCUCGACAUCCCCUGGGAGACGUUCGUCAGCCGCAAGCUGACGAACAAGCUCUGCCAGCAGAUCCAGGACCCGCUGGUGCUCGCCUGCCAGGCGCUGCCGGACUGGUCGCACAGCCUGCAGGGACAAUGUCCCAUGCUGUUUCCGUUCGAGACGCGCCAGAUGUUCUUCAACUGCACUGCCUUCGGCACGUCCAGGUCGAUCGUGUGGCUGCAGACGCAGCGCGAGCUGGCCAUGGAGCGCACGCGCGGCCCGGCCGCUCUGCGCCGCGACGACGGUCACGAGUUCCGCGUGGGCCGGCUGCGCCAUGAGCGGGUGCGCGUCCCGCGCGGCCCCGACCUGCUCGACUGGGCCGUCCAGGUCAUGGACUUCCACGCCGAGCGAGAGGGCAUCCUGGAGAUGGAGUUCGAGGGCGAGGAGGGCACCGGCCUGGGGCCGACGCUGGAGUUUUACGCGCUGGUGGCUGCCGAGCAGCGGCGCGACCUGUGCAUGUGGCUGUGCGACGACCAGCCGCUGCUCUCGGCCGAGGUCGAGGCGGCGGCGCCAGGCGACCGGCCGGCCGACUACUACGUGCUGCGGCCCGGGGGUCUGUUCCCAGCGCCGUUGCCGCAGGACUCUGAACAGUGUGACCGCGCCGUCACCAUGUUCCACUUCCUGGGCAUCCUGCUGGCCAAGGUGCUGCAGGACGCGCGGCUGGUGGACCUGCCACUUUCCCGGCCCUUCCUCAAGCUCAUCUCGUCGGCCAACGUAGCCGAGGAGCACAGCAGGAUGGACGGCGUCGGCCGCUCCAGCUCGCCGGCCAGCGAGGACGACCUGAUGACCUCGUCGUUCGUCUCGAUGGAGAGCGAGAAGGAGCUGGAGCUGGACCCGCCCAAGAUGGCGGCGGCGACGGCGCCCGCCUGGUACCAGGACGUGCUCACGCUCGACGACCUGGCCGCCAUCGACCCGGCGCGGGCGCGCGUGCUGCAGCAGCUGCGCCAGCUGGCCUCGCGGCGGCAGCACAUCCUGCAGGAUCCGCAGCUGUCGGAGGAGGCGCGCCGCCGACAGCUGGCCAACCUGACGGUGGACGGCUCCUCUCGGCUGGAGGACCUGGCGCUCACCAUGACGUUCCCGUCGCCGUCGCGCUCGCUGGGCUACGUCAGCUGCGAGCUGCGGCCCGGCGGCGAGCACCAGGACGUCACCGAGCAGACGGUCGACGAGUACGUCGAGCUGAUGGCCGACUUCUACCUGCGCCGCGGCCUGGCGCGCCAGCUGGACGCCUUCAAGGCCGGCUUCGACCGCGUGUUCGCCAUGGCCAGACUGCGGCCGUUCAGCCCGGACGAGACCAAGCUGAUGCUGUGUGGCGACCAGGCACCGGCGUGGACCCGCGACGACCUUCUCAGCUACACAGAGCCCAAGCUCGGCUACUCUCGGGACAGUCCGGGCUUUUUGCGGUUCGUCAGCAUCCUAGAGAAGAUGUCUGGCCCGGAGCGGAAGCGGUUCCUGCAGUUCGCCACGGGCUGCUCGUCGCUGCCGCCUGGCGGCCUGGCCAACCUCUACCCCCGACUGACGGUCGUCAAGAAGGUGGACGCCGGCGACGGCAGCUUCCCCAGCGUCAACACGUGCGUGCACUACCUGAAGCUGCCCGACUACAGCAGCGAGCAGAUCAUGCGCGACCGCCUGCUGGCCGCUACCCAGGAGAAGGGGUUCCACCUCAACUAGUCGGCCGCGGCGUGGUCGGGACGCGCCGGCGCUGGCCCCGGCGCGUGCGCGCGCCGCGCCGGCCUCGCAGAGACGCACCGGCGCCGCCAGUGCGCAGUUAUCGAUAUGUCAAGUACUGUGAUGCUUAGUGUCUGCUGUUAAUCGUUUAUUGGCAAUAUGGGACGUGUGUGGCGCCGGUUCAGCCUGACGGGGCUUCAUGUGAUGUGGGCGGCAGCCUGCCGCAGUGUGCGUAGUCGUCCGCUCGCCGCCGCCGCCGCCGCAGCCGCCGCGAUAGAGUGCGACCGACGGUAUCUGGGUAGCGACGUAAGUCUCCACCGCUGCUCUCCCUCUCUUCAGAGUACAAUGGCGUUCUCUGCACGCCGUCCGCCACGGGGCGGUACUCGGGCAGCCAGCGCUGGCCCAGGGUCAUUUUAGACGUUUAUUGGCGGGCGCCAGUCGCUUUACGCGUUUCCUUUCCCUCGUUUGCGGUCCGUUCUCUCGUUUUGUGCUUCGUCACGACGCUGGCGGCCAUGUUUAACGCAACAUUUCUUGUCAUACGUUAUAGAUGAGUUUACACAAAAUACACGGAACACGCCGAAGUGAGA